AUGUCUUCACUUACACGUGGUCUACUGCUCCUUCUGGGCAGCUCCGUCCUCGUCGAUGCUCGCGGCGAGGACACACUUGGCUACGCCGACAACCAGGCGCCCCUGAACAGGGACUCCCCCCAAGUGGCAGCCAACUUCCCCGAGGUCGUCGAGGGCAUCGAGCUCCUCUCCCCCGCCUUUGUGAGCCCCAAGUCUGUCCCCGAGGGCUUUGCCAAUGGAACCUCCGGCCCCACCUCCCAGUGGGAGAUGGAUUACUUCCUGCAAAGCCUCGCUGCGCGCCACGACUGGAUGACGUACAACAUUCCCGACUUCCAGUCCGAGGAGGGCCGCACCAUCCCAUAUGUCUACCUGAGCUCUACCUCCUCUGGCGACAGUGUUCUCGAGACCAGCGUCAACAAGACAUCGUCCCAGAAGCUUCGCAUCUGGAUGCAGGGUGGUGUCCAUGGGAAUGAGCCGGCCGGUGAUCAGACUCUCCUAGCUCUCUUGGGCAAGAUGGAUGCCAACGUCACCUGGGCCCAGUCCAUUCUCGACAAGGCUGACAUCCUCAUCCUUCCUCGCUACAACCCCGACGGAGUCGCCUACUUCCAGCGAUACCUGGCUACCUCUUUCGACCCCAACCGCGACCACACCAAGAUGGCCCGCCAGCAGACGCGUGACAUCAAGGGUCUCGUCAUGGACUUUGCGCCCCAUGUUGGCGUCGACAUCCACGAGUACACGGCGUCGCGCGGCUACGGGGCCAGCAAGCAGUGGCUGCCGGCGCAGGACGGUCAGUUCUCGGCUAUGAAGAACCUCAACAUCCACGCCGACAUCAGGGACCUCUCCCACACCCUCUUCACCGACAGUAUUGCCGCCGCCAUGGAGAGCCACGAUCUAAGGUGGAGCCCCUACAUUGUCGGAGUGUUGGGAACUGACGACAUCGUCCUGACGGAGACGUCUGGUGAUGCCAAGGUUGGCGACACGUCCGUCGGCCUCAGCCAGGCCGUCAUGUUCCUCUUUGAGACGCGCGGCAUCGAGCUGGGUAGCCAGCACUUCGAGCGCCGUGUAGCCACUGGGCUUGUCAUGGUCGAGGCUCUCCUCCAGACGGCUGCCGACAACGCCGAGCUCGUCUACGAAACCGUCGAGAAUGCCCGCGAGGACUUCAUCAACAACGACGACGACAUUGUCAUCACUGACGCGCCUGUCGAGACGCACAUUGACUGGCCCUAUAUACAGAAGAAGGACGGCAAGGUCGUCGACAUCCCCAUCACCUUUUACAACACCACCAUUGCCAAGGCCAACCUGACGCGCGAGCGUCCCGAGGCUUACAUCUUCUCCAAGGCCUGGCACGAUGUGGUGGACAGGCUGCGUGCUGCCCGUGUCGAGGUCGAUGAGCUCAAGGCCGACUUUGAGGGAGAGGUCGUCGGCCUCAACAUCACAAGUGCUAUCCCGGAUACCGAAGCCUAUGAGGGGGGCGUCAGGAUGACGGUGACCGCUGAGCCCAUCACGCUGACCAAGAAGUUCCCGGUCGGCUCGUAUGUCGUCAGCACGAGGCAGAAGAACGCCGCUCAUGCCUUCAACGUCCUCGAGCCCGAGAACAUUGACUCGUAUGCGACCUUUAACAUUUUCCCUGUGGGCACUGGUGACGAGUACCAGGUUUACCGCAUUUUCAAGUAA